UAUGAAAAUUCUAGGGUUCUCUUCCAACUUAUAUAAUAGAGAUGAUGUUGUCCUACUUAUACCAUAUCCUAUUGAUGAGAAAUUUUCCAAUAAAUACGAUAGAUUAAUGAAAGAGAAAGAAAAGAAUAAAGAACUAUUUCGAGAUUAUAUUCUUAAGUGCCACUUUUACGGAAUAAACUCUUUAACUUGCGCUCCGAGUUGUCGUUCGACUCUUAAAUUUAUUGAAAAAGUUACUAAAAAUCAAUCUGCUGAUAUGAUAAUUAUGUGCGAUGAAUGGAAUGGAAAGGAUAAUCAAUCUCUGCUUAACGAAUUAAGAAAACGUUUAGCAAUACCAUUGAUUAUUUUUGGCCCUAAUUUCUCAAUUGAAAAGAGUAAUGGUAAAAUACCGGCGUUUGAAAAAGAUAGCGAAAUCAGCUUGAAUGAUUCAGAAGAUGAAAAAGAUUAA